UUUUUUCCAGAGAUGCAGUAGAAUGAAUUUAUUACUUUUCCAUGCCACUGUGCUACGCUUUAAAAUCUAGAGUUUGGAAGUUAAAUAAGCAAAGAUGGAUUCUAUGUCAGUAUCGACCAGCUGGAGUAGACUUUAUCCGAUUUCCCAACCGCCUCCUGCCAGAGUUCCAGUCGAGACUGAGCUAGAAACUUACACAACUUCAUCCACACUGCUAGCUCACGAAAAGUUCCCACCGCGACAAGUGUACCGGAACACAGACUAUGACCGUUCUGAGACGAGAGUGGACUGGCCUGUAAAUAAUGCUGAAAAUGGCUACGCGUCCGAUACCAGCAGACAAAACGCAACAUGGACGACGGUCAGCAGACGUCUUUCCAGCGGCGGUGACUUGACCUCUAGCGAGUGCAGUACCUCUUCGGCUGAAGAGCGAGGUCACUGGAAGAAUAGGAUGGAGUUCUUACUCUCCGUACUCGGGUUCUCAGUGGGGUUGGGCAAUCUUUGGCGAUUUCCGUACUUGGCUUAUGAAAACGGAGGAGCGGCGUUUCUGAUCCCGUAUGUGGUGAUGGUGGUGCUGGUGGGGCGCCCGCUCUUCAUGAGUGACGUAGCACUCGGCCAGUACACGCAGCGCGGGCCGCUGCACACAUGGCGGCACUGCAUCCCAGCCAUGUCCGGUCUCGGCGUUACGCUGUGCGUGAGCGCCGUAGUCGGCCUGGUGGUGUACACAAUAGUUCUGGCCUACGCCGCUUACUUCAUCUACGAACUUAUCAUCAGUAUCGGCGACCAGGUGCCCUGGGCUUGGUGCAACCCCGUAUGGGCGGGCAACAACUGCUACAGCGUGGGAGAGGAAGUACCGUGCAGUCACUACAACCUCACUGAACCCACUGACUCAGUCAACUGUACCACGGCUACUUUGGGAUCAGCUACCCUGUUCUGGAGAAAGGCCGUACUGGGUCUGGACCCAGAUGGUCUGGGCGAGAUUGGAGACUUAGGUGAGCUGCACAUCCACCUGGUCCUGAGUUUGCUGGUCAUCUGGGUGGUGGUUGCAGCUAGUACCAUCAAGGGCAUCAAGAGUGUAGGAAAAGUCGUGUACUUCACCGCAACUUUCCCAUUCAUCGUGCUGCUGGUACUCGCCAUUGCUGGCAUGACACUGCCAGGAGCUGGGAUGGGUCUACGGUACCUCUUCAUACCACAGUGGCACAAACUACUGCAGGUGAAGGUGUGGAGGGUGGCCACCGAACAGGUCAUCUUCUCCAUGUCUGUAGCGGGAGGCGGUCUCAUCACCUUCGGCUCAUUCAAUAAGUUCAACUCUAAGAUUCAUAUCGACAUCGUCAUCCUGUCGGUGUUGGACUUGAUUGCGUCGUUAUUGUGCGCCGUGACCAUCUUCUCUGUACUGGGGGCUAUGGCCUAUGAACUGGGCAUCGAUGAUGUCAGCAAAGUCGUGGCGUCCGGACCAGGGCUAGCAUUCAUUGCAUACCCCGAAGCGAUCUCACGUACCAUGCCACUACCACACCUAUGGUCCUUGCUUUUUUUCUUCAUGGUACUCACUCUUGGCCUCGAUAGCAUGUUUGCUGGCACAGAGACUAUCUCAGUAACUAUCACCGACUCUUUCCCGGGCCUGCGUCGUGUCAAGGCACUCGUCGUGCUAGUCUACAGUGCAGUUUUCUUCGGCCUGGGCAUCGUCUUCUGCACAGCUAAAGCACAGUACCUGUUCCAUCUAAUGGACGUGUACGGUGCUGGGAUGGGAGCCCUCCUCUUCUGCAUCAUGAAGAGCAUCACCCUACAGUGGGGGUACGGGGUGCGCAGAUUCUCAGCGGACCUCCACUUCAUGCUGGGGUACAUGCCCUCUCUGCUUCUCAGAAUCAGCUGGGCUUUCAUUGCACCAAUUACUCUAAUUGCGCUCUUCGUGGGCUCACUGGUGAUGUGGACGAGCCCUCGGUAUGGGGGGCAGGUCGCUUACCCUCCAUGGGCGGCCGCUCUGGGGUGGUUCUUCGCCCUCUUCGCUCUUUCUUUCACCCCCAUCGUCUUCGUAUGGAAUGUGGUCAAGGCGUGUCUCAGGAGGGAUCCAAUGUCAGCGUUCCGGCCCAGCGCCGAGUGGGGCCCAGGCUGUCCCAAGGCGAGGGCCAGGCUUGAGCGAAUGAAGGACCACGGCAUGGAUGAUGCGCACUGAAUAACUGAGAUAUGAAUUAUCCGCGCUGAAGA